GCACGCGGCGGCAAGUCCCUCGCCGUCGACGCGUCGGCCGUCCGACGACUCGUGUUCGCGUAUAAUAAUGUUAUGUUCGUGUUUACGAGUCGUGCGGCGAUCGACACACACGCGCAGUCAUAUCUUUCACGGCGGCGAGUCCGAAGCACCCGAAUGCGAUAGCGCGCGAGAAACCGACCACCGACAACAAUAAUAAUAUUAUAUUAUAGCGACGAUUUGAACAUCAUACGAUUUCGUCGUUUGGCGUCGAUACCUACUACCCCUCAUCGUAUAGGUACAAUUUCGAUUUUGAUUUUUAUUACGUCAAUGUCGGGCAAUGUUAUUAUCGGACGCGAGCACUUAUCAUCUAUUUCCCGUGCCGAUGGUCAUGCGCAACCGCAGCUGAUACGCGAGUGGUGUGAAUAAACUAUACACAACCGAGAGUCUUCGUCAAAGCGUUUUUCGGUCGGAGGAAGCGUCUCGAAACGGCCCCGCGACUGGUCGCGAUGGCCCAGAGUUGAGAUGCUCGGAGGGCUCAGGGUUCCGCGCUUUUAGAAUCGCGUACACAUUUAUUACGUAAACAUUAGUAUUUUUUAAACAGUACCGUAAAAAACGCGAAUAUUCGCGCGAUAAAACCGAGUGAAAAUGAUUAACUUCCUGUUGACGUGCGACACGUACACGGUCGCGGUGACCGCGCUGCUGGUGAUCGUGCUCCUGUACUGGGUGUUCGAAGUGCAUUAUUUUGCCCGGACUCUGUGGUGCGCGACCAUGUGCCGGAUCCUCAAGAAGUACGUGUACAUACUGGACACGACUUCUUACUCCUCGGCGUGCCUGACCACGGACGUGGACUUCCUGCUGUUCCACAUGAACAACUCGAGGUACCUGCGGGAGGUGGACUUCGCCCGGACCGAGUUCUACACGCGCACCGGCCUGUGGAAAGCGAUCCGGGAAAAGGGCGGGCUUCCCGUACAGGGCGGCACCAGCAUCCGGUACCGGAAGUUCAUCCGGACGUUCAGCCUGUACAGCAUAUCGUCCCGGAUCGUUUACUGGGACCGAGACUCGAUUUACAUGGAGCACAGGUUCGUGAGUCGGGGCGACGACUUCGUCAACGCCAUCGUCCAUUGCCGGCAGAGGGUGAUCAACUGUGACGUCGAGAUGCUGAUGGGUGAACUACUGGCCAAGCGCGCCAAGGAGAGGCCCGGCGAUCAGGAGGCGCCCCGGAUGAAGCCCGAGUGUCCGUUGGAAAUCCACCACUGGAUGCAGGCGAACAUGGUAUCCAGUGCCAAUUUGCGCAACGGAAACUGAUAGAGAUCGCGCUUCCCCGACAACCUCCCCCCACACCACACCCAAGACCUUUCGAGUACCGUCAUCGAUCCGACUUCCGGCAGUGAGCUCAUCGAGGCCUGUUGCGUGCGUACGUUAUUUUGAGACCGACUUGAGGUCGACGAUUGCGACGACGACUCAAAGAGAGAUACGUUACUGAUUGGAUUCCAGUAGGUUUACGCGGAUUUUUCGAUUUUGUUCGCUUGUCCACGUCGGAGCCAUAGGUCUCGCGAUUUCCCGGCUAUCUUAAACCCCCGAUGACAGGACUAUAAUAAUAUAUUACCACACUUUAAUUUUUACGUUUCUUGACUGAAUUUUAACGCCACUUUACGUCGUUAUGUGAUCAUUAUUAGCUUAGGUCAUUUUAUUGUUGCAUUUAAGUACGUAGGAUGUCGUAUUUUUUUUUUUUUUUUUAUUUAUGUAAUUUAUUUAAAUUAUUUAUUAUCUAUGUAUCUUAUGGGUGAUGUCACGUUUCGCGUAAUUCGUUUUAACCAACCGCGCUCACCCGUGCCUUUGAUCAAAAUAUUGCUUAGUCCUGCUAUACAAUUUUUAAUUGUUUUGGGAACGACGUAGGUACUCGAAAGUUGAUCAUUUUAUGUAAAAUACAAUUAUUGUAACGCUAAUAGUAUUACGAUCAAUGCAAUUCUAGUCAUUAGUUUUUUUUUUCUACAAAUUUGUUUUAUACACAAUAUAAUAUACUACUUUUGUAGCAAUAAGAUAAAUACGUUUGUUAAAGUUAAGUCUGUUAAACAUAUAAUUUGGUUUCAACAAUUAUUAUUAUUUUAAUAUUAUAUUCGAUACGCCUUUUAUAGUGUGAAAACACGAGUACUGAUGUCCUUGACCCUUAUACAAACUAUUAAUUUAGAGUAGGCAUAAGUUAAUAACCGAUCUUGAUCGUUUUGAAUAUUGUGAUAUUGUAUAUUACAUUUAAUUUUUUAUAUGUGUAUUAUUAUUUUGGACUUUGUGUAAAAAAGAGUGAGCUGUACGUGCUCACAACUGUUUUACUGAAGUGUUGACACGUUUGUUUAUUGUUUGUUAACAACGUGUGAAUCUGAUAAGUGUAAACUAUUAUUAUUGUAUUGUAAAUUGUGUUUUUCACUGAAAAUCAAGAAUUUUUUUACUACUAAAUAAUGUUUAAUAACAAAAAUCAUUUACGUCAAGAGCUCAUAUAUUACACUA